AAAGGCAGUGAAACCAAAGAGAAGAGGGAGAAACGCCCCAGUUUGCUGGAUUUCACAGGAAACAUGGGGAUGCCCUUGAUGCCUGAUGAUGACAUACAUGUGGCUUUUGUGAGUGGCAGCAUCCCACCUUCCUUGCAGACCCAAGCUUUGCUACAAGUACAAACCUUCAGCUUUCCAGGAAAGAGAAGCAGAGGGCACCACCCCUUAUCUCCCUCCAACAGCUGUUUGUUGGCAGGUGGCCAGUCAAGAGGGCGGAGAGAAGGAACCCUUAUAACUUGCCUGCAAUCGACUUUCAUUUUUAAAAAUAUCACAUCAGUAUAGAGUCUCACGGGGACAUCCUCUCCAGUAGCCAGAAAAAAAAGCAAGAGAAAAUUGCCAAGUUGAACCAGGAGUUGCCCCACAGUGCCCACUGUCUCCAGAGUCUGAGCUCCAAUUCCAAUGAACUCCCAGCAGAAUGCUCUCCGGCAAGAUCCUCUUUCGCAAGGCCAGUACUGUGACCCAAGGAUCCAGAAGCGUAUCGAAAAUUUUUACCUUUCCAAGGAGAAACUUCUACAAGUGAAGGAUGCCAUGUUAGCUGCCAUGGAGAGGGGCCUAAAGCAGAAGGUUAAAGAAGGCAACUCUUUACUUAUGUUGCCUUCUUAUGUUUGUGCCAUGCCUGAUGAUACUGAGAGAGGGGAUUUCCUUGGCAUUGAGCUGUACUACAACCAGGCCAAGGUCUUGUUGUUGCAGCUGACAGAUAACUUGCAGGAGCCAGAGAUACUGAAGAAAAAGUCUUUCCCUCUUCCUGAGAAGGUUAUGAGUGGCAAUGGGGAGCAGGUUUUUGAAUUCCUGGCCCAGAGCCUGGCUACGUUUUUGAGUGGACUUAACAUCAACACGAAGUUUUUCCCACUGGGCUUUUCCUUUCCCUUCCCUUGUGAACAUACCUCACUGAGCCAGUGCAAACUGAUCAAGUGGAGUAUGAAUUGCCGCUGGCCAGCCAUGGAGGAACGUGAUGUGGCAGAAAUGCUCCAAACAGCCAUUAACCAAUACUGCAAGGACUACCAAAUAGAGGUUCUUGCUGUAGUGAAUAAUACUGUGGGGAUCUUGUUGAGCUGCAGUUCUGAAGCAGAGCCUUGUGACAUUGGGCUACUUCUAGAUUUUGGCACUAACUGCUGCUACAUGGAGGAGACACAGCGCAUAAUCGGCAUGGGUGAAGACGCAAAACGCAUGUGUCUGAAUGUGGAAUGGGGAUCUUUUGGGAAUGCUGCUGAGUUGGAUGACCUAUUGACAGAGUUUGACCAGAUAAUGGAUAAGCAGUCUACAGAUCAAGGCAAAUACAGAUAUGAGAAGUUGGUUGGCAGCAAGUACCUCUGUGAACUUGUCCGCACGACUUUGGCCAACUUGGCUGAGAAGGGUGAGCUUUUCAAUGGGGUCUUGACUCCUACCCUGCUGACCAAAGGAAACCUGGAGCUCCAAGACAUUGUGGAGAUCAUUGAUGACAAAGUGGGCCUGGCCAAAGCCAAGAACUUUCUUUUCCGCCUUGGGCUGGUGGCAAGCAAUCAAGACUGUUUCCACGUGCAACAAAUAUGCCAAGCUGUAUUUACCCGAUCCGCCAACCUUUGUGCUGCUGGACUGGCUGGCCUCCUUACCCAUAUCCGUACCGUUCAAGGACUAUCAGCACUGAAGGCCUUUGUGGCUGUGGAUGGGGAACUGUUCAAGAGUCAGACACAAUAUCGUGACAUCCUGCAGCAAAUGUUGAAAUCACUGGUUCCUGAAUGUACUGUCCAUUUUGUCCUGUCAGAAAAUGGCAGUGGAUACGGGGCUGCCUUAGCAGCAGCUGUAGCCGUGCGACUUAAAGGCCAGAAGAAGGGGAUAGCUGAUAUCCUGGCACCUUUUCAACUUUCUAUGGUGGAACUGGAAAAACUACAGAACUUGAUGAGGCAGGAGAUGGAGAAGGGCCUGGGGAAGGAGACACACGGCACAUCCAUUGUCCGCAUGCUGCCCACUUAUGUGCGCCACUUGCCUGAUGGCACUGAGAAAGGUGAUUUCCUGGCAUUGGAUCUGGGUGGAACCAAUUUCCGAGUGCUGAUGGUGCAAGUGCGAAGCAAAGAGGAAGGUGGUGUGCACAUGAUCAGUGAAGUUUACACUGUUCCACCAGAUAUAGCCCAGAGCAAUGCAGAAAAGCUCUUUGGCCACAUUGUUAACUGCAUGGUGGAUUUCCACAACAAGCACAACAUCUUGGGGCGAGGACUGCCACUCGGUUUCACUUUUUCCUUUCCCUGCAAUCAGGUCAGCCUGGACAAGGGCAUCUUGCUGAGAUGGACAAAAGGAUUCAGUGCCCAAGGUUGUGUGGGAGAAGAUGCAGUGGGUUUGCUGAAGGAAGCAAUGCAGCGGACACCGGAUGUUGAUAUAGAUGUGGUUGCCAUAGUGAAUGACACUGUAGGAACCAUGAUGUCAUGUGCCUAUGGGGACCCCAACUGCGAGGUCGGCCUUAUUGUUGGAACGGGUUGCAAUGCUUGCUACAUGGAGGAGAUGCGGAACAUUGGCACUGUGGAGGGGGAUGAGGGAAGAAUGUGUAUCAACAUGGAAUGGGGAGCAUUUGGAGAUGAUGGUUGUCUUGAACGCUACAUGACAUCUUUUGACAAAAAAGUGGAUGCAAACUCCAUCAAUGCUGGCCAGCAGAGGUAUGAGAAGCUCAUCAGUGGCAUGUACUUGGGAGAGAUAGUACGCUACAUUCUUCUGGAACUAGCAUCUCACAAUAUUCUCUUUAAGGGUCGAGAAUCAUCUAUACUAAACACCAAAGAUAUCUUUCCCACCAAAUUCCUAUCGAGUGUUGAGGACAGCGAAGGCCACCAAAACGUGUGUAGUGCUCUGGAAGAACUCGGGUUGUCUGUGUCUCCUGAGGAUGCGUUAAUGGUACAAGAAGUCUGCCAUACCGUCUCUUCACGUGCUGCUAAGGUGUGCGCAGCUGGAGUGGCUGCUGUUGUGGAAAAGAUCAGAGAGAAUAAGCGCAUGGCGAAGCUGGAGGUGACCGUUGGAGUGGAUGGGACUCUCUAUAAGAUGCAUAAUUACUUUGCAAAGAAGCUUCAUGACACUGUGGCACAACUAGCUCCAAACUGUACUGUUAAAUUCUUGUUGUCUGAAGAUGGCUCCGGGAAGGGAGCUGCCCUGAUAGCUGCUGUAGCCAAUAAAUAAGAUACGCAUCUGUUUGACUCUCAGUAAGCUGGACACUGGAUUGUCCUCUGCCACAUACUGACUGAUCACCACAUGCAAUUUCACCCUUCUUUGAGACAGUUGUGGCAAAGCUGGAGAAAAGACAAGUUAUGAUAGCUGUGGUGUUUUGUCUUUGCAACUCUUUUCUCUUGAGAUUUCUGAUUCACAAUCAAGCACGGAAGUGAGAUAAGGAAAUAAAGAAAAUUCAUGCCAUGA